GCGCAUGGUGUCUCCGCAUGUGACGUAGGAGUUCUUCUUGAGCGCUCGCUCGGCUGCACGGCAGGACUCGUGUGUGUUCGGAAAGUCGGAGCACACGAGUGACAGAGGAUUUGUGGAUCACUUGCCCAACUAGUGAGCAAACCUCUCGAUUAGAGAUCACGACAAUAUAAAAAAAAGAUGUCGGGGGAUAACGAAGAAACGCAGACGGCCGAGGGGACACCAGUGGACGAUAAGGAAGCUCAGGACAAGAUGAUCAGUCCCGAGAAGGCAGAGGAGGCUAAACUGAAGGCCAGAUAUCCAAAUUUAGGAAAUAAACCCGGAGGCUCUGAUCUGCUUCGCAAACGCCUCCAGAAGGGGCAAAAGUACUUUGACUCUGGCGACUACAACAUGGCUAAAGCGAAGAUAAAGAACAAGCAGUUGCCGACAGCUGCACCAGAGAAGACCGAGAUCACAGGGGACCACAUCCCCACCCCCCAGGACCUGCCCCAGAGGAAACCUUCUCUGGUGGCCAGUAAACUGGCAGGCUGAUGCACACACGGCCUUGACAGCCCCUGCAGCACCUCCCAGCCCUAACUCCCCCCCGACCCCCACCACUCAAGUCUCAGAGCUGUAACAUUACCUCUCCCACCCCUCACAGUACCACCUGUCCCCUGCCUUUGCCUCCUCCCCACUAGCCUGGACCCCACCUAACAGGAAACCACACCUAGCACCCAGCGAACUGGCUUGCUGAUACCCUCAAAUCCUCUUUAUUUUUGUUUCCACCCCAUCUGGCCAUUUCUCUACUGCCUCCUGUUCUAAUUUUUGUCUCUCCCUACUUCCCCAAACUGACUGCCCUUCUUUUAUUGUCCUCUUACUUUUCCAUGUUCCUUUUAUUUCCUCUUUACUCCCAUGUAAGAUACACUGAAAGACAGGACAUCCAAGUGUGAGUGUGAUGGAGCAGACUGUGACGCCUUUGUACGACUGAUGGACGACUGAUAGCACGGUGUUUACUGGCUGAAGAGAUGGGGGCGAGCAGCAAAGCUGCGUCUUGUCUGGUUGGAGGGCUUUAGUAUGGUGAUCAGGAUCCCUCAGUUUGGAAGUGUAUAUAUUUCCUUUUGUUGGCACAGGGGCAGAUGUCAGCCUUUUAGAACGUUUUACAUCAGAUUUGUAUCAUUCACUGUAUGUCCUUAUUCUAAAUUAUGCUGUCAAUAUGCUUGAGUGAUUGACUGAAUAUAGUAAUCCAGAGGCCAAGCUCAGUUUUGUUAACACUUUGAUUGUGAAACAUGGGGGGAAGCCGUAUGAAAGGACCACGCGGUGAAGGCCGGAGUGUCAUAUAGAGCUGCAUGUGUGACCCAGGGCUCCCAAAGGCAAACCUCACUGAGCUCCCUUUUAACUCACUAAGGUGCACUGAACAUUUACACAGAUGCUGAAAAGCUCAGAUGCAGCAUAAAAGCACUGGGUGGCAGAAAGGUGGUUCAUUCAAGUCUGCUUGGAACUAGAAAAUGUUUUAACUCCAAAGCAGAAGAUAAAAAGAAGAGAGGAUGCUGUUGUUGCUUCAGUCUGAACUGUGAUGUUGACAGAGUCCUCUCCUCAGAUCAAAGUCUCUAAUUUCAAGUCGUCCUGAAUGAAACAUCACCUUACUAUAACAGGGGUGGAUGAGUAUACGGGACCUUAAAGCUAAAUUCCUGUCAGUAGGGACCAGUCUUUGUGCUCCAUACACUGUGUGAGAAGAAAUCUAUGGGCAAAAAUGUACUGGGAGCAGCUCUUGGCACUGGGAACAAAGAGUGUUAUGACUUGUGUUCAGACUUAGGAAAAACCUCUGCUCAUAAGUAGUUUUUAUGUUUUAAAAAAAUGCCCUGGGCCCUGUAUAGUGCUUUUCCAGGGUCCUUACUGACUGGAUGAAGUUUACCUGCAAUGUUUUAAAUCUGCGCUAGCACUACAUCUGUCUGAGCUGUGCAUGUAUAUGGCUGCCCUGCUGUCAAUUUGUGCCAUUUUGUUUUGUAAAUAAAAUAGUUUUGCACAAAUGUUUAA